AUGUUCGCCAGCAAAAUCCACCGGACAAUGGCGACUUCUUCGCCAUAUACACGUAGCGUCGUCAGCGCCAUGCGAAAGCUCUACCCGGAGGCAUUGGCCGACAAGAGCUUCGACAAUACGGGCUUGCUGCUAGAAUCUCCGUUCGAUCCUCGUCGGCGCCAGAAGAACUCGGUCUUGUUGACAAUAGAUCUCACGACGGCCGUUGCAGAUGAGGCGAUCCGUAGGCAGGACAGCGUGGUCGUAGCAUACCAUCCCAUCAUCUUCAGAGGAUUGAAGGCGUUGACAAUGAAGGACACACAGCAACAAAGCUUGCUGAGACUGGCGGCGGCGGGCAUUAGUGUGUAUAGCCCCCACACAGCAGUUGACUGCGCAGCCGGAGGACUUGGAGACUGGCUUGCAGACAUUGUUACUGGAACAUCGAACUCUGCACCUUCUGAGCAGUCCCCUUUUGACGCCGACUCUCAGCCACAGGGCCGACCCACCCACAUGCUGCAACACCACCCUUCCCAACUGUCAAUCAAAGACUCUCGCGCAUUCUCACGAGGCGCUAGCAAACACGAACGCUACCCAAUCACUCCAGCCAAAGUCUCCGGCCACGAAGGCGCCGGUAUGGGUCGCAUCAUCAGGUUUCCUUCCCCAGUCCCCUUGACCGAGAUUAUCGAUCGCAUCACCCUCGGCCUGGGCAAUCCAAAGGGAUUUCCCAUCGCGGUGCCCCAAGGGAAGCAAAUAAGUGACAUGAACAUCUCAAGCAUUGCGCUUUGUGCAGGGAGUGGUGGUAGUCUCUUCAGCGAGGCGGAGAAGAAGGGUGAGAAUGUGGAUCUGUACUUUACCGGAGAGCUGUCACAUCAUGAAGCAUUGGCGGCGAUUGAGAACGGCAAGUGUGUGAUUGCGCUGUUCCACAGCAACACCGAACGCGGCUUUCUACACGGUGUCUUGAAAGAGCAGUUGGAAGGGCAAGUGCGAAAGGAGUGGGACAACUUACGCCAAGAUGAGGAUGUGAAACAGGAGGCAAAGAAGCAUGGCUAUCCGGAGGCGUUGGACGAGGACCAUGUAGAGGUGCACGUCAGCGAGGUUGAUCGGGAUCCCUACGGGAUCAUGGUCAGUCGGGAUUGA